AUGAGAUUGAGGCUCUUUAUCCUCCUGCGUCGUGGCCUCCAAACAAAGGACCCAAAAGUGCUACCUUUUGCGAUCCACAAUGUGCAACAUCACUUCAUAUCCUCUUACUGUUACAAUCCAAAGCAAUUAGACCCGACCCAUUUGUAUCUUCUGCCUCAAUCGCCAAGUGACGCAUUAUCCUCUCCUUUCCUUCUUAAUAAAUUCUUAUCCAUUUGCGCAAAAUCGGUUUUUCUUGAUCUGGGUAUUCAGCUACAUGCACCCAUCGUGAAGUUGGGAUUUUGUUCUAACAUUCAUAUAUGCAGUACUCUUAUUCAUAUGUAUGGUAAAUGUGGUAUUGUGUCCGAGGCCCAGAAACUAUUCGAUGAAAUGACAUAUAGAAAUGCAGUUGUUUGGAAUUCACUGAUUCGGGGUUAUUUGCUAGUGGAUUGUCCUAUGAUAGCUCCAAUGCCAUUCACUAUAUCAACUGUUCUGGUAGCUUGCUCCCGAAUGGAAGCCUAUGAGCUAGGAAUUCAGUUGCAUGGUCUAUGUUUGAAAGUGGGGUUCGGGCGUAAUGUUGUAUUGGGUACAAAUUUGAUUGACAUGUAUUCCAGGUGCCGAGACUUCGAGGCUUCAAGGCAAAUUUUUGAUCAUAUGGUGGUUAGAAAUGUCAUAACUUGGACUUCCAUGGUUUCUAGCUAUGCCCAGAACAAUCAACCAGAUGAAGCAAUGGCUUUGAUUAGAGAAAUGCUGUGUUUCGGUGUUCAUCCUGAUCAUGUCACUUACAAUAGUUUGCUGAGUUCAUUUUCCUCGCAUGAUCAUUUGGAUAACUGCAAGCAAAUUCACUGCCGUGUAAUCAGAGAAGGUUUUGAAGCUAAUGAAUAUCUAGUGGUCACCCUUAUGACCGUUUACUCAGAAUGUAAUGGCAGCUUGGUCGACUUUUGGAGGGUUUGCUCUGGUGUUAGGCAUUGGAAUCAAAUCUCUUGGAAUGCACUCAUUGCUGGUCUUUCCAAUUUAGGAGAUGGAGAGGAAGCAUUGAUCCACUUUUCUUUAAUGAGGGAGGCAGGUGUUGAAACAGACCAUUUUACAUUUACAAGCACUCUAAGCGCUGCUGGGAUUACUUCAGCUCUUAAUGCAGGGAAGAAGAUCCAUGCUUUAAUUCUCAAAUAUGGGUAUUCUUCAAAUUUGAAUGUGCAAAAUGGGCUUGUUUCAAUGUAUGCAAGAUGUGGCAGUAUUCCCGAUUCAAAGAAAAUAUUUUCAUCAAUGAAUGAACAUGAUGUGAUUUCCUGGAAUUCACUGUUGUCAGGAUAUGCUCAUCAUGGUCAUGGUAGGGAGGUUGUUGAACUGUUUGAGAAAAUGAGAAGAACUAAAGUCAAACCCAAUAAUACCACCUUCCUGGCAGUUCUCACUGCGUGUAGCCAUGUGGGCAUGGUGGACAAAGGACUGCAGUAUUUCGAAUUGAUAGUAAGUGACAAGACACUUGCCCCUCCGAGAAUGGAACAUUAUGCCACAAUUGUGGAUCUUCUUGGUCGGUUCGGAUAUCUUCAUGAAGCAGAAUCCUUUAUUGACAACAUGCCAAUAGAACCAGGGCCAUCUACCUAUAAAACUUUGCUAAGUGCUUGUCAAGUUUAUGGAAAUAAAGAAAUUGCUCUACGUUCUGCUGAAAAACUUUUGAAUCUCCACCCAAAUGAUCCUGCAACUUACAUACUUCUCUCAAAUGUAUUGUCUAUAGAGGGUUGUUGGGCUGAUGAAGCAGGAGUGCGGAAGCUCAUGUGGGAUAAAGGACUUGCUAAAAAACCUGGUUAUAGCUGGAUUUGA